AAGGAAGAAAGGGCGGCAGGUCUGACCUUGAAUUCAAGUGGUUUGUUCAAGGCUUGCCAGUGGGAAAUUCUCCAGAAAUUCCUGGUUGCGUUUCAAGAAUCAUUUUAGACUUCUGGAGACAACAGCAUUGGUGGACACGACAGGAACCGGUGUAGGUGAGGGUGAGCGGGCAGGAAUACGCUGGCUGUGUUCCGGGCACUCUUCUUCAGCCAUCGAAUUCAGGGCCUUGCGCUUGCCAGGCAGACACUGCGCCACUGUCACUUAGCAUGACCGCUGGCAGGAGCUGGCUGACUGACGCACUGGCUCCCAUCGUCCUCUGAAGGUCCAAAGUCCAGAGGAGCAGAGAGGUGGGACUGGAGACAUGGGCAGAUGGCCAGCAAUGUGGUGCAUGGUGCUGUUUUCUCUCUGGGCCUGGGCUCAUGCAGAGCCCGCCUUGCAUGGGGAGAUCCUGUCCCCUAACUACCCGCAGGCGUACCCUAACGAGGUAAAGCAAACUUGGGACAUCGAGGUUCCGGAAGGCUUUGGGGUGCACCUGUAUUUCACGCACCUGGACAUAGAACUGUCGGAGAACUGCUUGUAUGACUCAGUGCAGAUCCUGUCGGGAGGUGGGGGCAUUGAAGAAGGGAAACUCUGUGGGAAGAGGACCAGCAAGAACCCCAGCUCCCCGAUCAUAGAAGAGUUCUACAUCCCGUACAACAAACUCCAGGUGAUCUUUACCUCGGAUUUCUCCAACGAAGAGCGUUACACUGGAUUUGCUGCCUAUUAUGUCGCCAUUGAUGUAAACGAGUGCACAGAUUUUGCAGAUGUCCCUUGUAGCCACUUCUGCAACAACUUCAUUGGUGGUUACUUCUGCUCCUGUCCCCCAGAAUACUUUCUCCAUGAUGAUAUGAGGAACUGUGGAGUCAAUUGCAGUGGGGAUGUAUUCACGGCACUGAUUGGGGAGAUUGCAAGUCCCAAUUAUCCCAGUCCAUACCCGGAGAACUCAAGGUGUGAAUACCAGAUUCGGCUGGAAGAGGGCUUCCAAGUGGUGGUGACCAUGAAAAGAGAGGACUUCGAUGUGGAACCGGCCGACUCGGAAGGGAACUGCCCCGACAGCUUAGACUUUGUCACAAGAGAUCAACAGUUUGGUCCUUAUUGUGGAAAUGGAUUCCCUGGGCCACUAACUAUAGAAACCAAGAGUAAUACUGUUGAUGUUGUCUUUCAAACUGACCUAUCAGGGCAAAAGAAAGGCUGGAAGCUUCGUUACCAUGGAGAUCCAAUCCCCUGCCCUAAAGAAGCCUCUGCCAAUUCUGUUUGGGAGCCUGAAAAGGCAAAAUACGUGUUUAAAGAUGUGGUGAAGAUUAUCUGUGUGGAAGGAUUCGAAAUUGUAGAGGGAAGUUCCAGCUCAACGUCUUUCUAUUCCACUUGUCAAAGCGACGGAAAGUGGAGUGGCAUUUCCAAAGUGAAAUGUCAACCUGUGGACUGUGGUGCUCCUGAGCCCAUUCGAAAUGGCAAAGUUGAAGACCCAGAAGAUACUUUAUUUGGUUCUGUCGUUCACUACGCUUGUGAGGAGCCGUAUUACUACAUGGAGCAUGAAGGGAGCGCCGAGUACCAGUGCUCUGUUAAUGGGUCCUGGGUGAAUGAGGUGCUGGGUGCACAGCUGCCGAAAUGCAUUCCAGUGUGCGGAGUCCCCAGCGAGCCCUUUGAGAUGAAACAGCGGAUAUUCGGGGGAUCCUCGGCGAAGAUCGAGAAUUUCCCCUGGCAAGUGUUCUUCCGUUCCGAGUGGGCGGGCGGCGCCCUGCUGGACGAGCGCUGGGUGCUGACGGCCGCCCACGUAGUGGAGGGGAACCCGCGCCCGACCAUGUUCGCGGGCUCCACCACCGUGCAGACCUCGGCGCUGGACCAGGCCCAGACGCUCGCCGCCGACCGCGUGUUCAUUCACCCGGGCUGGCAACCGGCGCCCGCCCAAGGCGCCCGCAAGAAUUUUGACAACGACAUCGCGCUGGUGCGGCUGAGAGACCCGGUGAAGAUGGGCCCCACUGUAUCCCCCAUCUGCCUGCCCGGCACCACCUCCAAGUACAGUUUCUCCGUGGGGGACCUGGGCACGGUCGCGGGCUGGGGCAAGACGGAGAAAAAGGACUGGGUUUUGAAACUCAGAGGGGCCAAGUUACCCAUAACUACUUUAGACUUGUGCCAGAGGGUGAAAGUGAAAAAUUCCCAAGUGGACCCCAGAUCGUUCGUGUUCACUGAGAACAUGCUCUGUGCUGGCGGAGCAGGCGUGGACAGCUGUCAGGGAGACAGUGGGGGCGCUUUUGCCGUCAGGAAGCUCAUUGACCAGAGCUCCAAAUUCUACGUUGUUGGCCUGGUGUCCUGGGGGCCCGAGUGCGGGACCUACGGGGUCUACACCAAGGUACAGAACUACGUUGACUGGAUCAGGGAGACCAUGCAGGAGAACGACACCCCCAGUGAGGACUGACCGCGCCGCUGGGCCCGCUCCUUGUCACUGUCCCACCAUUUCGCCAUGACGGAGAGGAGACGGGGGCUGUGAGGGAAACAGAAUUCAUAGGUCAGGAUACCUGGCGAGGUCGCGUUUGGGCCACAGAAUUGAGCUAGUGAUUCACGUGUGUGGGCUGCAGGUAGACCCGGGGCCAUUCCUGUCUCUUGAGAUUCUCUAGGGAGUCCUUGACUUUUUGUUUCUUCUUUGAGGUUCUAUUUGCUGUAUCACCCUCAGUGUCCAUUAUCUGCUUACACACAAUAAAGCUUGUUUAUAACUCA